GCACCCAAAACAACCCUAAUCGCUCCUCUUGUGUAGUAAUCUGCAAGAAUGGUUACCUCUUUCUUCUUGGGUUUUUUAUUUGGGUUUUUCAUAUUCUCUAGUGUCGUUUCAUCUUUCAUGCACGAAUUUAUACACUCUUUUUCGGCCAAGAAAACGUUUUCGGAUUCCAAUGGGCAGCCUUCGUAUCCGUUUCUCGGCUGUCUCAUCUCUUUUUACAAGAAUCGCAGCCGUCUCUUGGAUUGGUACACUGAUCUUUUGUCGGAGUCGCCUUGCCAGACCAUCGUGGUGAGCCGUCUCGGUGCACGUCGUACGGUCGUCACUGCGAAUCCUGCUAAUAUCGAGUAUAUACUUAAGACCAACUUCAAUAAUUUCCCUAAAGGCAGACCUUUCACUGAAAUCCUGGGCGAUCUUCUCGGUUGUGGGAUAUUUAACGUCGAUGGGGAGCUGUGGAGUACUCAACGGAAGCUCGCCAGCCAUGAGUUUAGUACAAAGUCAUUGAGAGAAUUCGUGGUGAAAACCCUCCAAGAAGUGGUGGAUGAUCGGCUGGUACCGUUGCUUGAAGCGGCGAUGGAGGCCGAGGAAGUCCUUGAUUUGCAAGACGUGUUAAGAAGAUUCGCAUUCGACACCGUGUGUAAAGUAUCAUUGGGUUACGACCCUUGUUGCUUGGAUCUUUCGAAACCAGUGCCGCCGCUCGUUAAAGCGUUCGAUACCGCAUCGGAGAUAUCCGCCAUGCGGGGAAUGGCGCCCAUGUUCGUGGUGUGGAAACUGAAGAGAGCCCUUAACGUCGGGUCGGAAAAGAAACUGAAGGAAGCGAUCGAUCUCGUUCACGGCUGCGUAUUGGAGAUUAUUCGGAACAAAAAGAAGGCUCUCGAAGAAGCGAAGGCCAAAAGCGCAGCCGCCAGAGGCGGCGAAGACUUACUGUCGAGGCUGUUAUCAGAUGGACACGACCGUGAUGUCGUGAGAGAUAUGGUGAUUAGCUUCAUAAUGGCUGGAAGAGACACCACCUCCUCAGCGAUGACGUGGCUGUUUUGGCUGCUUUCGAAGCAUGAAAAUGCGGAGAAAAUGAUGGUGAAAGAAGUGGAAUCGAUGCUCUGUAAUGGCGGAAAUGGACUGGAUUUCGAAACGUUAAAGGAAAUGAAUUGCGUGAAAGCCUGCAUUUGUGAGUCAAUGAGGCUUUACCCGCCGGUGUCAUGGGACUCAAAACACGCCUUAGACGAUGACGUUUUACCCGAUGGGACUUUCGUCGGGAAAGGAGAUAGAGUAACGUAUUUCCCUUACGGGAUGGGGAGGAUGGAGGCGUUAUGGGGAAAGGAUUGGUUCGAUUUCAAACCGGACCGGUGGUUCCAAGAACCGGGUGCAGAGAAUGGGCUGCUAAAGCCUGUCAGCCCUUUCAAGUUCCCGGUUUUUCAAGCCGGUCCAAGAGUUUGCCUUGGGAAAGAAAUGGCGUUUAUUCAGAUGAAGUAUGUGGUGGCUUCGAUACUGAAGAAGUUCGAGAUCAGACCGGUGAACCGGGAACAACCGGUUUUUGUUCCUCUAUUGACCGGCCAUAUGGCUGGUGGUUUGAAUGUCUUGGUGAAGAGAAGGGAACAGAAAUAGUGAGACGAUUGCCUCCAACUUUAGAUCAAUGGAAGAUGACGACUUGUACUAUUGUAAAACCUCAAUCCAGUUGGACCAACUCAGAUUGAGUACAGAAUAAUUAAAUAUAUUUUAUAAAGCAAUUACUAUAAAAAUAUUUAUUAAUUUAAA